CUAUUUGCUAUCGAUAAGAGUUAAGAUUCAACGUUUCGGGACGGUCGCGCAGUAAAUUUAUUGACUGAAGAAUUAAUAAAUAUUAAUCUAUCAAUAAUUGAAGUAUUGCAAAAACACUAGAAGUGCAAGGGAAGUGAAGGCGGCAAACAAAGUCGAAAACAGCAGCAGCACUAAGAGAAGCUCUCGGCCAAAUCGUCGGAGAACAGCAUGAAAAUGGUGUUGUCGCAGCGGCAGCGCGAGGAGCUUAACCAAGCGAUUGCCGAUUAUUUGGGCACAAAUGGCUAUGCAGAUUCAUUGGAGGCAUUUCGCAAGGAGGCCGAUCUCAGUACAGAGGCUGAAAAGAAAUUCGGUGGGCUACUUGAGAAGAAAUGGACAUCGGUUAUACGUUUGCAAAAGAAGGUUAUGGAAUUAGAGGCUAAGCUAACUGAAGCUGAAAAGGAGGUAAUUGAAGGUGCACCCACGAAGAAUAAACGUACUCCCGGCGAAUGGAUACCCAGGCCGCCAGAGAAAUACUCACUGACAGGUCACCGAGCCAGCAUAACGAGGGUAAUUUUUCAUCCAAUAUUCGGACUAAUGGUUUCGGCUUCGGAGGAUGCAACCAUUAAGAUUUGGGAUUUCGAGACAGGGGAAUAUGAGCGCAGUCUCAAGGGGCACACAGAUUCUGUGCAGGAUGUGGCAUUCGAUGCUCAGGGCAAACUUUUAGUGUCCUGUAGUGCAGAUUUGUCCAUAAAAUUGUGGGAUUUCCAACAGAGCUAUGCGUGUGUUAAAACAAUGCAUGGUCACGAUCAUAAUGUGUCAUCAGUGGCUUUUGUUCCUGCUGGCGAUUAUGUUUUAUCUGCUUCUCGGGAUCGUACUAUAAAAAUGUGGGAGGUGGCCACCGGUUACUGCGUCAAGACGUACACAGGUCAUCGGGAAUGGGUGCGAAUGGUGCGCGUGCAUAUUGAAGGCAGCCUAUUUGCCACAUGCUCAAAUGAUCACACAAUACGCGUUUGGCUGACGAAUUCAAAAGACUGCAAGGUUGAAUUACGCGAUCACGAGCAUACUGUGGAAUGCAUUGCCUGGGCGCCAGAAGCUGCUGCCUCUGCAAUAAAUGAGGCAGCUGGAGCCGAUAACAAGAAGGGUCACCAUCAGGGCCCAUUCUUGGCAUCGGGAUCACGUGACAAAACCAUACGCAUUUGGGAUGUGAGUGUUGGUCUAUGCCUGCUCACGCUAAAUGGGCAUGAUAAUUGGGUGCGAGGACUAGCAUUCCAUCCGGGUGGCAAAUAUUUGGUAUCGGCCAGUGAUGACAAGACCAUUCGAGUCUGGGAUUUGCGCAACAAGCGAUGCAUGAAGACGCUCUAUGCACAUCAGCAUUUCUGCACAUCUAUAGAUUUUCACAAAGCGCAUCCGUAUGUGAUCAGCGGUAGCGUGGAUCAAACAGUUAAAGUUUGGGAAUGUCGUUAAAUGGAGGAAUAUCCCACAACAACACAACAACAACAUAAAACCAACUCAGCAAGGGAUCUGCUUUUUUCUCAAUCUAAACAUAAAUAAAAGCUAAUAUAUAUAUAUACAAAAUCCUCACAGAUACACACACAAAACACAACAAUACAUACACAUACAGUCUCAGCCACCUAAAAGAAAGAUUAUUUUUAUGUAAUUAUUAUUAUUUUAUCGACGCUUUCAGUGUCAGCGUCCGAAUUGUAUUUACGAAGAAAACAAAAAUCAAAGCCAGAUGAAAAAAUGUCAAGAAGUAAAGAAAAAACGAAAUAUUUAUUUAAUUGUAUGGCCUCCUAACUAAACUAAAUUACAUUAACUAAAUACCUAACCUACCUAUAAAAGAUAAAAACAAAACCAACAUAUACAAAUACCUUUAAAUAUAUAUAUAUAUACUUAUGAUUACUGUCUAAUACGUGUAGCCAUGCCCAUAAACCACUAAACCCGUAGCAAAGAGCAAACACACACCAACAGAAACACACAUUCGUAUUCAAAAACAAAAGCCGAUCUGUAGUUAAAUUUUUCUGUAGAUUUUCAUGCAGUACGUGUGUGUAGAACAGACAGUUUAGAGAGUUAGAGAAAAAGAAAUUGUUACAUUAAGGGCAUUCCUGCAAACGAAACAGAUCUGCCGCAAAAUACACUUACAAGAAGAAUUAAAAACUAAUUACCUUGA